AUGCAUGAGACUGCGGCUAAACCUUCUGAGGACUUCGUUGAGGAUGUGUCGCGGAGCGAAGUCAAUGCAAACACAAACAAUGCACCUAGUCAAGGGCAUGUACCCCUGUGGCAGUCGCUGAAGAAAUGGCCCAGGGUCGUGGGGUAUAAUCUUGCGCUGAGCUCGGCCAUAUUACUGUAUGGAUAUGACCUGGUGAUUGUGGGAACUGUUUCUGCGAUGCCAGCGUUCCAAUAUCGAUUCGGCAUGGAGCUAGGCGGAAAGUACAUCAUCCCAUCCGAAUGGCUCUCACUCUGGAAUGCAGCAAGCCCAAUCGGAAUGAUGAUCGGAUCGCUCAUGGGCGGAUACUACCAAGAUCGAGGCGGGCGUCGACUCGCCCUUGCAACGGGCAGCUUUCUCUCAGCCAUCGCGGUCGCAAUGUGCUAUGUCGCCGAUCUUCCAGACGACAUUGAAUCUCGACGAGGUCUGUUCUUUGCCGGAAAGCUCUUCCAAGGACUUUGUAUCGGCAUCCUGCUGUGUGUCGUGCAGACAUACAUGUCUGAAGUUCUCCCGGUCGUUCUCCGCGGACCCAUCAUCGCCUUCCUGCCGAUUUUUACCCUUCUCGGGCAACUCAUCGGGUCGAUUGUUGUAUACACCUCGCUGAAGCACAAAGGAUCUCAGAGUUAUCGGAUUUGUUUUGCGUCACAGUGGCCGUUCUCUGCAGUUCCGCUAGUUCUGUCAGCCAUUCUACCAGAGAGCCCGACUUGGUUGGUUAGAAGAGGAAGGACGGAGAAGGCGUUGAAGAUGCAGCGGAAGCUGGACACCGCGGAAAUGAACUCGGAGCAGAUUAUAAGUGAUCUCCAGAUCUCGAUUCGGGCUGAGGAAGAAGAGCGAGGCACUCACAACUAUAUGGAUUGUUUCAGGGGCAUCCAUGCAUGGCGCACGUUCAUCGUCGCUUUUGCGAGUGCUUUGCCUCAGCUUUUUGGUCUGCAGUUGCUGGCGAAUGCGUCUUAUUUCAUGCAGAUUGUUGGAAUGAGCGCCACUAACAGCUUGAUUUUCCUAAUCCUCGGCAUCGGGCUGGGUCUAAUUGCCAACGUCGUCAGUUUGUGGUCUUUGAAUGCAUUUGGACGACGGUUCCUCAUCCUCUUGACACUUGCAGUGGCGACGGUUCUUUGGCUGGCAAUGGGAAUAGCUGGCUGCUUCACCGGAAUCGUAACGAUCUGGUACACUGCCGUAACCAUGAUGAUAAUAACAAUGGUCUGUGGGCUAGGAAUCUGGCCCGCCUCGCACGUCGUCGCAGCCGAAGCAUCCUCCCUCCAACUGCGGGCCAAGACACAAGGAAUAGGUUGGUUCACGAGCGGAAUAACAACAGGCGUCUUCUCGAUAAUCCUGCCGUACAUGUACAACGCGGAUUCGGGCAACCUGCGAGGGAAGACGGGGUUCGUAAUGGCAGGUUUUGCGGCGGUGGGGUUCCUCGCGUCUUGGUUUAGUAUUCCGGAGAUGAAAGGUCGUUCGCCGAUGGAGAUUGAUCGGAUGUUUGGGUUGAAGUUGUCCACUCGGGCGUUUCGACGGUGGGAGAGUGAUGUUGCUAUGGAGAAGGGGGCCGAUGGGUUGGGGCCGGCGGGGGAGGCUUGA